AUGGGAGGAAUUAAUGGGAGAUUCAGAAAGAAGGGGGGGGGGGGUUUCGUGAUUUUGGGCCGCCGCCAGCCAUCAAGGAGAUUUUUUCUCCUUCUCCAGCUCUUCGCCGGCGCCGACGAAGCCGCCGGCGCUCCCUUCUUCUCCUCCUCUCCUCCCUCGCCGGCAGCCUCCGCGCGCAUAGCAGCCCCCCUCGCCGGCAGCCUCCGCGCGCACAGCAGCCCUCCUCGCCGGCAGCCUCCGCGUGCACAGCAGCCUUCCUCGCCGGCAGCCACUGCUGCCUUCCCCCGCGUCCAUAGCCGCCACCGGCAGCCAACGCUGCCUUUUCCCGCGGCCACAGUCGCCGCUGACAGCCGCAUCUUCCCCAUCUCGCAUCUACUGCCGCUGUCUUUAGUGGAUAUCGUCACCUUCCAGAUAGCCGCAGCUCGAUACUAUUUGGGUUAUUCCGGCCAUCGCGCCGAGGUUGGGUUCGGCCAUCGAGCCGAGGUUGUUCCGGCCAUUGAGUCGUUGGGUUUCACUCUGUGCAUCUCUUAUGAUUACGAGCUAUCUGUGUUAUCCGGCCUGCGUGCCGCGUAUCGGCCUACGAGCCAUUAUGUCUCGGCCUACAUGUCGCUUUUCGGAUCCGGGACCACGACGACUUGAUCAUUAGCUCGACCAGCUCAUCCAUCCAUCCGAGGGCGCCCCCCUGGGCCAGGGUACGUUCUCGUACCUUUUCUGCAUUCAGUUAAUUAUGCUAUACUAUUAUGCGGUUAUUUAUAUGUCUGUGGGAUUCGCCUCGAGCACCGAGGUACCAGAGACCGGGGGCGACCCGGUCGCUGGAUACAGGUACAGUUGACCGGAGGAGGACUUCUGACGAUCUGGUCAACGUAGAGGACAGAUCAUCGA